GACACGUCAUAAGAAAAAUAACCUUAUUAGAAACAAUAAACAUAUUAAAACAUUAUAUAAAGAGCAUCAGACUGAGAGAAGUGCAAUGAGGGAAUUAGUUCAUCAAAAUACGAUAGAAGAAUAUAGAAAACUUGACCUUUGGAAAGUUCGUACUUGUCAAGACAAGGAUAUGAUGGAUAUUGAUAUGAAUCAAGAUGAAACAUUAGAUGAGUCAAGUGAUCGGUUGACAUUAAAUCAAACAAUUGAAACAUAA